UAUAUCUCGAUUUCUACUGUGCUGCAUUGAGUUCUACCGAGAAGAGUCGCUACCUUGAGAUCGAUAGAACUACUUAAUACUUCUUAGAUUUGUGGUUUGUGCAAUUUGUUUUAGGCCUUUGCAAUUUCUUUGAGCAAAAUGUGCAAUUUGUUUUAUGUCUUGAGAAUUUCGUGUUAAUUAGAUAGAUGAAAAUGUUAAUGGUAUGUUUGAGUUUCUUCCGCAUGAAACUUAAUGUAAAUUCCACGUUGUUUGACACUGCCUGUGCUCUGCUCGUGCCACUCUGCCACUAGGGUCUUUACUCUUUCUCUACCCUCACUCUGUUUCAAAGAACCGCUACUAUGGGGAAGUACUACCCAAUUGUGAGCGAGGAGUACAAGAAGGCUGUUGAGAAAUGCAAGAAGAAGCUAAGAGGCUUCAUCACUGAAAAGAACUGUACUCCUCUAAUGCUCCGUCUCGCGUGGCACUCUGCUAGUACUUUUGAUGUUGGGUCUAAGACCAGAGGUCCAUUUGGAACGAUGAGGCACAAGGUUGAACUGGCUCAUGGAGCCAACAAAUGGUCACUCUCUUGUUUAAUGUGAUUCUUCCAGAUGAUGGGCUUCUUGACUUAAUAUUUUAGUUUGUAAGAAUGCGUAGUUCUGUUCCUGUUUGUUGUUUUUUGAAUCUUUAUCAAUCUUGAGCUCAAAUCUUUGCUUUAACAACUCAAUCCAAGUAGCAUAUAAUUUAUUAAGUAUUGAACUAGUAGAUUUCGAGAUGAUACUUUUUUUGAUGUGUGUGCGCUUACGGAUUUUCUUGGAGUUUUUUAGGUUUAUUUGGCAUAAGAAAUUGAAUUAUUUGUCUGACAUAAGUUUAUUGGGGAUUUUAGAGAUACAAAGGCUGGUUUGAAAAGCUAAGUUUCAACAACAAAUUUGAUGUUACUAUGCCAAGAAGCUUGUAAUAAUCUGAAUGCUUCCUACGAAAAUGUGUUAUUGGUUUAUUUUUAUUUAGACUGAGCUUUGGGUGUGGUUUGAUAAAGUUUGUUGGGUGGCAAUGCUGCAUUUUUUUCUUUGUUUUCUCUUGGUUUUGUCUUACUUUUUUGCCUCUUGCUAAUAAAUUAUGUGUUUGAACUCUCUUUGGCUAAUGCACUAGCGAGUUUGAACUCCCUAUUUUGCCUCUUUCUAAUAAAAUCUUGAGAUCACGUAAACACCUGAUAUCUUCUAGGUCAGCUG